AUGCAUCGACUUUUUGCUGAGCUGGAGCCAUCUAUCACCGUCACCGAGCAAAAUCUGGCAGACCGAGUUCGGUAUAUCUUACGCUCAAAUAUAUUUGAUGUCGCCGAACUCGAACGGCUACGACGUGAGACUGUUCUCUCAUCGGAUGAAAAUGCUACGACUGAAGAUACGGCACCACAAAAUGCAAAGCAACCCACAAACGUGGAUGCUGCCGUGAAUACCGCAGUUGUGGUUGAUUCAAACGAUGUUGGAACAGUCGCCCAGGAACUGUAA